AGUUAGUUCCGGUGUUGAUCUAGGAGGUCGUCAUGAAGAAACAUUCCAGACCAAAUAGUCUUGAGAAAAUUGACGAUCCACUUUCCGACUGUCCAGUAACAAAUGGCCAUACAAAUAAUAUGGCCACAGAGAAGAGAAACUCCUUCGAUUCGGUUAAAGAGUAUUUUACAGACUAUACAACGAACUCUAACCUUCAUGGUUUGAAGUAUAUUGGCGAAAAGCAGCGGACGUUACUUGAAAAAUUAUUCUGGGUGUUAAUGUUCACAUCAUGUGUGCUGGUCUGUGGCUAUACCAUAAUGAAACAGUGCAAUAAGUGGCCUGAAAAUCCUAUCAUCGUAAGCUUUGCAGAAAGGCCUACACCUGUGUGGCAGCUAUCCCCCGACAUUAAUGAAAUAUUCUCCGGCUGCAUGUGGAAGGAUGCAAUAAGCAAUUGCUCUGAUAUGUUUUACGAAGUGAUUACUGAAGAAGGAUUUUGCUACACUUUCAAUAGCCUUGGAGCGAACGAACUUUUAAGACUCAAGAACCUACACAAGGAUUAUAAUUAUAUGGCCUUAGACCACAAAAAUAUAUCUUGGACCUUGGACGGAGGCUAUCCGCCGAACUCACCAUUGGAUUCAUAUCCUUGGAGGGGAUCUCCCUACGGCACCAACGCUUAUCUAACAUUCUCUUUAAUGGCGAAUGUUAGUGACUUGGACUAUGCUUGUAGUGGACCCGUACAAGGAUUUAAGAUUCUUUUACACAAUCCGGCCGAGCUACCACGCCUCUCCGAACAAUUCUUCAGAGCACCGCUAUCUAAAGAAGUAAUUGUUGCAGUCAAACCUAAGAUGAUGACUACUUCCGAAGGCUUGAGGUCCUAUGACCCUGAGAGGCGCCAAUGCUAUUUGCAAAAUGAACGGUAUCUGAAUUAUUUUAAAAUUUAUACGCAAUCAAAUUGUGAGAUGGAGUGUCUGACAAACUUCACCUAUGCACGAUGUGGGUGCGUACACUUUGGAAUGCCGCUGGAACUGGUGACAAUCGAAAUGAAAUCAGCAAUGGCGGCAGAUGACGAGAACGAUACGAUAAUUGGCGAAGCCCGCGAAGUUGCGUUACGUUGUAAAUGUCUGCCUGCGUGCACUUCCAUAGACUAUGAAGCUGAGAUAUCGCAGGCUGAUUAUGAUUUGAAAUCUGUCUUAAGAGCGUUAGCAUUGUCAAGGGAAUAUGAGAAAGAAGGCAUGUUAUUAGGCCAAGUGUUCGUGUUUUUCAAAGAAGCUCAGUUCAUAGCAUCACGCAGGUCGGAGUUGUUUGGACCAUAUGAUUUUCUCGCUAAUUGCGGCGGUUUAUUGGGGCUCUUCAUGGGCUUCUCAAUAUUGAGUGUGGUUGAAAUCAUCUACUUCUUGACUCUAAGGCUGUACUACCUCUUACGGAAGAAAAAGGAUUUGAAAAUAAAUGCUGAUCUCAACACUAACCGAUUAGCUUAAGCUUUUUCACUAAUAUAAAAAUGUAUUGCAUAUUUUUUAUUAAUUUUUUUAAACAAUAAAAA